CGUCAGGUUGGAGGAGCAGGAGGAGGACGGGUUUCACUGGCACCUCACAUCCCUUACUGGAUUUACCGGACUCCACCUGUCGCGGACGCGGUGUUGUUUUGUAUUCGCGUCGUAAGCGCGUGACAACACAGGACGGCACGAGACACACAAACACGGGCGCUAGCAGUGUUUUCGACGGAGAACGGAAGAAUUAAACACAGCUCUCAGCACCUGUUUCUCUUUUUCCCGCGGAUAGAGAAGGGAAUAUCGAGCAUAAUUCCGGUGGAUGGUUUUAUCCGCAGUGCCUCAGCCGAGCAGCCAACCGGGGAGCAGGAUGUCCAGGCAGCAACAGUACCGGACCCCGUUAAAACUCACCGAGAGCGUGGUGGAGGUCAAGAGCAAAUUUGAGGCAGAGUACCGUCGCUUCGCCUUGAAGAGGAAUGGCCCCGGUGGCUUCCAGGAGUUCUACCGCCUCCUCCAGACCAUCCACCACAUCCCCGGCAUCGACGUGCUGCUGGGAUACGCCGAUGUCCACGGAGACCUACUUCCAAUCAACAAUGACGACAACUUCCACAAAGCCGUGUCGUCGGCCAACCCACUGCUCCGCAUUAUCAUCACCAAGAAAGAGGAUGAACCUGUUGUUUUUGCCACCAACUCCCUCCAGAGGCGUAAAAAGGGGCUGGGUUUAACCGGACUGCGCACCAGCGUCUCAGGCUCCACCCACUCAAAGAACAAACCGGGCCUGAUGAUUGGCCUGCCACAGAACUUCAGACAGAUCUCAUCCAUCAUCGACGUGGACAUCUUACCCGAGACACACCGACGCGUACGACUGCACAAGCACGGUACCCACAAGCCACUGGGCUUCUACAUCCGUGACGGGGUGAGCGUGCGAGUGACACAACAGGGUGUAGAGAAGGUUCCGGGGGUGUUCAUAUCUCGUCUGGUACGUGGCGGGCUGGCAGAGAGCACGGGGCUGCUGGGAGUUAACGACGAGAUUCUCGAGGUGAACGGAAUCGAUGUCGCGGGAAAAUCUCUGGAUCAGGUCACAGACAUGAUGGUGGCCAACAGUCACAACCUCAUAGUGACUGUGAAACCAGCGAACCAGAGGAACAACGUGAUGCAUCGUGGGAGUAAAACCUCAGUGGCAAACUCUGGUUCAGUGGGCUCAGCUGGAUCUACAGGCUCCACUCUGUCACAUGACUCACCAAGUCCCGCCUCUCAGAGCAACCCCAUCACUGCAAGUAACAGCAUUGCAGAGGGUGACAGUGACGAUGAAGAUGAUGACGGGGACCUCAUUCUGGAGAACGACUGUCUUACGCCCUACGACUCCCACCGGAUCACCAACAGUAACAACACUAACCUCAACAGAGACUCGCCUAGCAACAAGCCGCACAACUCCACUGGGGGAAGGCCCCUCCCACAGAGCAUCUCAUUGCCCAAUAGUGUCGGAGUGUCCCUGAGUGACAGCUCCACGACGACGAUGUCCAGUCACAACGGAAACACAGCCAGUAGCAGUCACGAGAGUAUGAGGGAGGACGGCAACAUCAUAACACUGUAGCCAUGACAACGCUGACAUCUACACUGUAGCAGUGAGGACGAGGGGACGGUACAAUAACAGAGCGCUGUAACUACAACCACAGGUAGCUGUGCUCCCGUCAGACAGACAACAGCUACUUCCUGUUGAGUCACUGAUAUUUAAGGUGGACUGAGUCUGACAGGUCACUGACACUGGAGCAGGGCUUCUCAGUGGAUCAUGGUCUUCACAAUCUAUAGCCAGAACAACAUUGACAACACUACAUGUCUGCAGCGUGAGGCUGAUGUAAUGUGUCUGGUUCCAUAAGCAAAACACUUUAUAUUCACCCCAGGGAGAUGAUUUAAUACCAUAAUGAAAGAACUGGUCAAUAGAACAGAUCAUUAGAACUGCUCCUGUAAAAGCCAUAACUCAGUUUGAUGUCCACAUGUUGAGGAAAUCAUCUCUACUUUACAAACCUACAGCUGCACCAAUCAGUGACAGAACAGUAUCAUUUAAUCAGGGCCCUGUUUCCGUGGCAACAGUUAGGUAUUAUCCUGACCUGUGCCCAGAGCAGAGCACACAGGUUCACACAAUUCACACAAAUGAGGCUGUGUGAAGAGAGAUGUUGGUUUUUUGGUGGACGAUUGUUGCUGAGAGGAAAGAUCUCAGAACCACAUCUGUUUCUGAAGCCAAUUAAAUACCUGGAAAUGUUUCUCCUGCAGCACCUGAAGGCAUCAGGACGUGUGCUAUGUUUUGUAUUCUCUGAUUGAACACUCAGAGCAAAGCUGUUCCAGAGCUAUAAGAGCAGUGUUGUGAUUGGCUGAGAGUGUAUUUAUCUGAUGUGCGCAGCUGCACCUACCUACCGCCCUGACUAUAAAUCACAAAACACCCAAACGUGAACUUUUGUAAGAGCAGAGCAGAGGGCAUGAUCGAAACCAGUUAAAACAGAUUUAAUUAUAUUUACAAUACUUAACUUUUUUUUUUUUAAUUUCUUGUAAUUAUUUUGAUUUUUUCUCACAAAAUCAUUUGUCGUACAAUAUGAUACAUGAUUCAUCUCAUGGGUUAAACUUCAAGGUUUAAGAUAGUAUAUAUAUUUAUUAGGGAAAGGUGUAAAUAAAAGAAAUGAAACAAUCGGUUUCAUAACACACAUUAUUGAAAGAGUUGUCAGCUCUGUUAUACUGAGGAGAUAACUUUAAACAUUCACUGUCUGGCCGAGCAAACAUGGACGCUCACUUCCUGAGUCACACGUGUCAUUAUUAUGAUUUUAAAUCAUUUAUGCAGCAAUUGUUCAGAAAGAAAGUUUGGAGAGGAGAUGGAAGAUUUUGUUAAAUGCAGGUAAACCGUCAUUGUUUUUAUGAUUUCAUACUAAAUUUAAGAAUCAGAGGCAUCAAUUAAACUCUAAUAACUGCACACACACACACACACACACACACACACACGGUGUAGUUAGGGGUACAAACAUAUUUUGAACCAUCAGGGAGUCAAAGUCAAAAUAAGGAAAUUCCUGUACUCUUAUCUGGGUCAUAGAAACCUGUGUGUGUGCUCUGGGGGUAUCACCUUACAGUCCGUCACACACUGCUCUCUGUGUUCCCUCUGUCACGUUCUGCUUCACAUUACAACUGUCCACCUGAAUCAGCCUCAGUCUGUGAUGUUUACUGAACCUGAUCAGCUGUUUGACGGACACCUCCUCUGUCAGACUGUUACACUGUCUGCUACAGGAUAUUUUAGAAAUUAAAAAUCAUAACACACUAACAGAAGCAUCGUACAGAGCUCUACAGUCUAAUCCUGGUCACGGACCUUGAGUCAAGAAAACUUUAUUGACUAUAUGAAGAUGUCCUGAGGAGUUUUCUGGUCAACAGACAGACAUUUUGUUUGAACUGAAGGUUUUCCUUCAUAAAACAUUUAAAAAGUCAAAUUUCAUUUUAAGUAUUUAAAAUCCUGUUCUGUUUUCAUCCAUCUUUACUCACCUCUACCAACGACUUCCAGGUCACUGUCCUUCCUGCUCCAUCACGCUGUUAGAGGUCCACACCUCCACAGGAAACCUUUGAUAGGCUGAAAGAGUCUUUUCUUAACUAGUUAAGAACAGCUGUUAUGGUAAAUACUUCUCAUUCUCACCCGUCAGAACAUACUAACGAACUAACAAGUGAUUGCAGUCGGUCUGGUGUUGUGAAAAGGCAGCGUGAAGGAGAUGGACACAGCUGUGCAGCUCUCUUGAUAAACGUUAGCUGUUAGCUGGUGAGGUAGUGAAGCUGUUAGUCAUUUCUUGCCUGCAGUUUAUACAGAGAGGUCUUUGAAUGAUGUGAAAUGUUCCCGACACAGGUUCAACAGCUGUUAGAGGGAAAAAAAGUGUGCUACCAUAAAAACAUUUGUGUUUCUUAAACCAGAGAAUCACACUGAAUAACUAACGAAUGAAAUGUUUGGAACUCCUGUUGUAGCAGACUAAUUAUUUCCUGUCAGACCUGAUUCCACUGUGAGUGUGUGUGAGUGUGUGUGAGUCUGUGUGUGUGUGUGUGUGUACGUGUGUGUGUGUGUGUGUGUGUGCGUGUGUGUGUGUGUGGGUCUGUGUGAGUGUCUUCCUCUGUGUGUACAGCUCAGCAUGAUGUCACUUCCUCCUGUUGUGUCAAUAUUCUGUUUCAAAUCACAGUUAAAAUGCAGAUGGAGUUUUGUGGUGAGCAGAGCUGCAGACCUGGAGUCAGAGCUCCCUGAGAAGAGCGGUGUAUUAACACUGAUUCUGUGAGAUAUUUCAGUUACCAGUCUUUCGUGGAUAUGAAGCUCCUCAGAGAACUAAAGCUGUAAAUUGAUCCUCUGAUCUGCUGCAUUGUUAAAAAUAUUCAUGUUUACAUUAAAAAUGGACCCAGAGCAGUUACAUGAAUGCUCAUUUUAUUUAACAUGACCAACAGUUGAGAUGCAUUUAAAGAAACAACAGGCAGGUCAUUAAUGAGAACCAAUAGCUUCUGCUUCAUGUCUCACACAUGACUUUGACUCUGUCCAGCUCUUCACUGAAACACAUCUGACUUCAGACCUGCUCUGUUAUUAAAACCUGUUCAGUUCAACAGACAGCAAACGUAAACCAGUUCCCCCUGGUCUGAAUAUAUUUUGUCAAAGCACAGCUGCUUCACACACACACACACACACACACACACACACACACACACACACACACACACAUUUUUCAUUUUCAUUUUAAUGUCUGUUAAUGUAAAAUGUAAAUGUGAGAUUAUGAAACAAGGGGAGACUUUCGUUACCAGGGAGACGUUUUUAUGUAAGAGAACAUUUUAUAAUAUGUGUAAAAUAUGGAGAGUAUUUUUCUUAUUCUUGUACUUUUAAACUGUACAUGAGAGGAGGUGGGGGCUGAGGUGAACAAUGUGUGUGUGUGUGUGUGUGUGGUAGGUUGUCACUGAUUGUGUUAACAUGCACACAGUGUUUAGUAGCUUCAUCAAAGCUGAAGUUCUGCUUUAAUUUGCAGUGAAUGCAUGCUCACAUGUUAAUGAUGGAGCAGCGCUGUCAGCAUGGAUCAUCAGUCCAUCCCUGCCGUAGUAAUGGAGACAAACACUGAGUGUGUGUAUGACCAUCCAGCCUCAUUAUGUGGCAAGGUUGGCAAUUUGAUUAACUGGAUUUUUACACCAUUAACAUACAAUGAACUGAAAUGAUGAGAAAAAAUUUACAUUUUAUUUCCUUGAUGUUGAUUUUACAUGAGCUACCUUCUUUAUUAAAUCUGUGUGAAGUCACAAACUAACUCGCAUAUGGAGAUCUGAGGUGACUUCACUCACAGCUAGCUGCAUAGCCAGCAUAGCUAGCUUCUGCCUCAUGGCCCCCGACAGGCUGAUGUGGCCCAGUAUUCUGACCCAGAGCAGGUGGAGAGAUCACUGCAUCUCUGUGGCAGCAACACACACCAUUUAUCCUAGCUUAGCAUAAAGAAUGGAAGCAGGAGGAAACUGGUAGCCUAGGUCCGUCUCCAUCUUACUCCAAAACUGUUAUAAUAGAAAUUUGAUUGAAGCUAUUUCUAAACCUGUCGCCAGAUGUAAGGUAAAUAUAUUUGUACAAGAACCUUAAUUGUAUGAUUUUAAAUUAUUUCAGUUUGAUUUCCAUAACAAUAGUCAAAUGGUAUGUAGCCAAUUUAUUAAUCCCAUAUUAACUCUGUCAAUAAUGAAAACUGACCCUGGAUCAGCACCACAGCCAAGAGUUAAAGUGGACCAGGACGAUCCAGAACAGUGUUCCAGCACCUUCCGAUAAUAAGUAAACCAAUCAGAGUGUCAAAACAGAGAGUGAGACAGAUGAGCAGAGACACACACACACACACACACACACACACACACACACAUGAUUAAAAAGGAGCAGAGGAGCAGAAUCAUUUGUUGAGUUACAGAGAAAUUAGUUUUUGGUGUGAACAGCCAGGCUGCUGCUCGCACAACACAGAGUCGGGCUGACACUUUCUCCCGUGACCCGUGACCCGUGACCCUUGCCCCCCACUCCCCACGCCGUGAAUCUUAAGUUUCCCCCACCUGCUAAAUGCAACUGUGCUGCAUAACUUUUUCACUUUUCAAACUUUUUCAAACUUUCAAACCUAUUUGCUGAAACACCUGGAUUUACCUCUCUCUUGGAGAGAUUUUAUUUUGCCAGCUGUCAACACUGCUUCAUGCAGCAGCAGGGUCGUCUGACUGUCAAAACAAAAGGUAUUUUUUGUAGCACGCUAUUAUCGAAAUCGUUUGGCACCUAAAUCAGACAGCUAUGGUAUUUUUGGAAGGUGUAUUUUUCCAUCUUUAAUGAAGCUCUGUUAUCAGUUUCCCUCUGUGUGAACUCCUUAUGCUAAGCUAGGCUAAACACAACCUCAGAGCUAGACAAUCAGCGAUGAAACCGCUGACUCUGGACCUCAAACAAGCAAAAAUAUGUGAAAGCAUCACUGUUCCUUCAAUGAAUGACCAUAAAGUUAUUAUGAUGGAAUACAUGUAAAAUAAAAAAAUAAUUAAACAAUCGGAUAAGUUCAGUUCACAUCCCUCCUCCCUCCACUACAGCCUUUAAUGAGAAGGAAAACGUCUACUGACGGAUAUGGAUCUGAAAUCUUCCUCUGAACUACACUGCUGAUGUCUGACUGAACAGGGAACAGCCGCUCCAUGUUUGUGAUGUUGUCGAACCCCUCGGUGUCUCCGGUGACCUCUGUGUCGAGGUCGGCCUGGAGAAGUAUUGGACGUGGUGCUCACGUGGUGAAGCAAAAAUGAAGGAUGUCCUCCCCCUGACUGUACAAGUUUUUAGAAAAUAAAGGAAGUGCCUUUUCCAAGUGAGGAUACUUGUGUUUGGUUGGAUGUCAUGUCCUGUGUGAUGGUCAGUACCUGGCUGAGGCAGUUCAGGGCAGCGGGUCGCGUCAGCUGAUCACAGCAGCAGGAUCUGUUGAAGGUUUCUCAUUGGACAUUUGUGAUCUGUUUAACCUGCACUGCACACAGCUGGUCUCUAUAGAGUCUGUAACUUAACUGUGAAUGUCAUUUGGAGGUAAAAUAUGAUGAUUAUCAAAUUAUUAUAUUAAGGUAAUAAAGUAUUAUUACAAGCCA